GGUCACAUUGCAAAAUGAAAUACAAUUAAUUCAUCUAUUAACAAUAUAUAUACAUAGACGUAUUUACAAACAAAUAUGACGCUCGACGUUGACGCCCAAAAAAAAGAUGAGAAGAUACUACUUGCCACAAUACAGCAGGAGUAUAAAAUCCUUGCGGAAUACAAAAUGAUUGAAUCAGAGAAGCUGUCUGGUGUUUAUGUUAUUCCAAGCUACGCCAAUUCACUGCAAUGGUUCGGCGUUUUCUUCGGACGCCAGGGAUUCUAUGAAAAUGGGGUUUUUCGAUUCUCGAUUUUGCUGCCGGAUCGUUUUCCAGAUGACAAAAAUGUGCCAGCUAUUGUCUUCCAACACAACGUUGUGCAUCCGCUCGUUUGUCCGUACACAAAUAGCUUGGACAUUAGUCAUGCCUUCCAAGAGUGGCGAUGUGGAGAGGAUCAUCUUUGGCAGUUGCUGAAGUAUAUGCAAGCGAUCUUUGCUGAUCCUUUGGAGAGCAUACGCAAUGUAGCCAUCAAUGAACUCAGCAACGUUGAGAGCGCAAAACUACUCAAUAACAAUCGCGAUGCAUUCGCAGCUCAAGUGCAGGAGUCGAUUACGGAAAGCAAAUCGCACAUCUAUGACACGCCGCCAACGGAGGAUCCUCACUACAUAGUAUUCGAGCAGUUUCAAACAGACGUGCAUGGACCUGUUUUGGAGAAAAUACGCUCAAGUAGAAGCACGGUUACACCCCCUGAAAGCGGUGGCGGAGGUGGUGGAGCAGCCACUGGACUCUCUUGGGUGAAAGUUAAAGAGGGCGAAUUCAAGCCAUUGAGUAUAGAAUAGUCAUUAUUUAUUAGUCUAGUUAUAUACACACUUAUAGAUACGCAAUGUUACAAUCUUUCCGUUUGAUGAUUAAAUUAAACCCAUUUUAA